AGACACACACACUGGUAGCCUUGCCUAACUGCCUGCCUGCUCCCUCACGUCAAUCCUAUAUACUCUCGCACCACCACCACCACACCUUCUCUUCCUCUUCCUUUUCCUCUGCAUCCAUCAUCCUCAGCUCCUACCAUGAGUACACGGAUACACCCUUCGUCUUCGGACGCUGCCGGCCGUGCCCAUCGUCGUCGUCGGGCUGCUGCUGCUGAACGGGAACGCCGGCCGCCGGCGGUGUACACGGUGUGGAAGAGGUCCAGCAUGGGCUUCCAGGGCACCGACGGCUUCUGCGUCUACGACGACGCCGGCAGGCUCGCGUUCCGCGUCGACAACUACUCCCGCCGCCGCAAGCUCUGCGCCGGCGACCUGCUGCUCAUGGACGGCCAAGGCACGCCUCUCCUCUCCCUCAGGCCACAGCUUCUCAGUCUGCACGACCGUUGGAACUGCUACACAGCAACGGAAGACGCCGUGGUCGACAAGAAGGCGCCUCCCGCGUCUUCGGCGCAGCAGCAGGUGUUCACGAUGAGCAGGUGCUCAGCUCUGCGUAGCAGCAGCGACAACGCGGAGGUGCACAUGUCAGCCUCAAGACCGGGAUCCGCUGCUGCUGCGUCGUCCUCGUCCUCCUCUCUCAGUCUCAGCUGCAACAAGCACAACCCGCAGGCCGCCGCUCCCGGCUACCGGGUGGAGGGCUCCUUCUCGAGGCGAAGCUGCAAGAUCCGGCGCGGCAGCGAUGGCAGGGAGGCGGCGCGGAUAACGAGGAAGAGCGCCGGCGUGGCGUCCAGGCCGGUGGCCACGCUCGGGGACGACGACGUGUUCAGCCUCGUGGUCCGGCCGGGCGUCGACGUGGCCACCGUCAUGGCCAUCGUCGUCGUCAUGGACAGGAUCUGUCGCAGGCCGUACACGCCCAUGGUGUGCCCUUCGCAGUGCGAGUAGUAAUGAGAAACGUGUAUAAGUGUUCUGAUUUUGACAUUGCAUUUGCUAAUUGCUAGCACCUCUCCUAGCUAGUGGUGUGGGGGAAUGAGGAUACGGGAUACCUGAAGACAACUACUACUUUUGUCAGUGCUGCAUCUCCUGAUCAGCAGCAUCUAAUAAGAAAAGGACAGACAGAAUUAGCAAUACUAAUCUGGAGUCCCACCGGACCACAAAAGCAA